AUGACUUGGUCCGUAAGUAGUUGUUUCAUUACUCUGGUCGUUCUGUUCCUCUGGCGGGUCGAUGAAAUCGCAGAAGCUUGCACUUGCAUGAUUGUACAUCCUCAACGUGCUUUUUGCAAUGCAGACGUCGUGAUCAGGGCAAAGGUGGUUGGAGUGGAAGCUGUGUCUGGUAACACCAACUAUGACAUCCAACAGAUCAAGAUGUUCAAAGGUCCUGACCGGGAUAUCCAUGUCAUCUUCACUGGAGGCCCGUGUCGCGCGGUUCUGGAAACCAACAAGGAGUAUCUCUUCACAGGCAGGCUGAAUACUGAUGGAACAGUGCAUGUAAUAAUGUGUGACUUCAUUCAUUCCUGGGAGGCUUUGAGUGACACGCAAAUGAGGAGCUUGACUCUGCGCUACCAGAGCGGCUGCGAUUGCACGAUCAUCCGCUGCACUUCCCUUCCCUGUCCGAUCAGCACCUCAGAUGAGUGCCUGUGGAUGGACAAUGGCCAAAGCAGACCCUGGGACAACAUUGCUUGUAUCAAGGGGGGUGAUGGGUCCUGUGCCUGGUACAAGGGGAUGGCACCGCCCAAGUAGUUUCUGGAUAUUGAUGACCCCUAAACUCUACAGGCCAUCUACUCACAGAAAAAAAAGCUACAAACCCAAAUAAUUAUGAUUUAACGAAUCUAGGAAGUCGUUUCUAACAAUUACAAGACUUAUAUUGACUGUU